AUGUUUAACAAGUUGAUUGGGGUAACCUACAUAAGGAACAAGCUUGCACAUUCAAAUUCCACACCGUCAAUACCGCAAGAACCUUCGCCACUGCGAACCUCAACUUCUUCACAACGACCACGAAUAAAUUCAAAGGCAGUACUGUCUUCUACUGACCAAGUACCAAAGCACAAGUCAAAAAAACACAAAAAGCCAACUACAAUAAACAGAGCACAAGUGCAACAAUCAAUACCUUCAUCAAUGGCUCUUGCAGGUAGAGUGAGACACAGCAGUCUGCCCGUCGUUCCUACCAUUCACACAGAAUUCAUUACUGCAUUAUCACCUGCACAAUCACGAUCUUCAUCUGCAUCCAAUUCGUCAUCUAUAUCAUAUUCAGCAGUUGAAGGACUGCCUACUAACGCAAACUACAUCACAACUAAUAGCCAUAUGUUUGAUGGCACAGAUAACUUUCUCUUUCUGCAUGAUUUGACUAUUGACAUGAAUUUGAAAAAGGUCAAUACUAAUCUUAGUGCUAGUGGAGGUACUAGCCUUAAUGCUACUUCAAAUAUUAAUGAUGAUAUGUGGAGCUACAACCCAGAGGAGGGACAUACAGUAUAUGUUUCCGAUAAGAAAAAACUGGUUAGGUUUCUGUAA